AUGGCUAUGAGGAAAUUGAAGCAUACACAAAUACCUAUCUGGAUUAAACUUCGACACCUUCCUAUGGAAUACUGGACAAUGGAAGGAUUGAGUACUGUUGCAAGUGUAGUGGGUAAACCCCUCUACCCAGAUGCGAUAACGAGGGCAUGCACGAGACUGGAUUUUGCUCGUGUAUGCGUGAUGCUAGACGUUACACAGACGCUAAGAAAACAUAUUAUAAUCAUGACACCAAAUGAGGAUGGAGGGGAAACACCGUGUAAAAUUGAUGUCGAAUACGAAUGGCUCCCCCCAAAAUGUACGAGCUGCAUCACGAUCGGUCAUAUGACAAAAGAUUGUGAAUUGAACAAACCCCUCAAACCCACUAAAACUCCGGUAGCUGUGUAUAUACCGAAAGUUAAUGUUUCCCAACCACCACCAGCCACUGAAAAGAAUAUUUCCCAACCACCACCAGCCACUGAAAAGAAUAGGAAGGCUUCGAAUAUUGAUAGUACAGGAGUUGGAGCUCCGAGAAAAGCCGAGGAUGAAAAGCAUAAGGAACACAAUGCCGACAAACACAACGAUAGGGGUAAGGCAGUGGUUUUAUAUAAUGCCUUUGAUGCUUUACACUACCUUGAUGACACAGAUGAGCCACCUAGGGGUCCUAACACAUGCAACCCCACUGGACGUGAUCCAUGUUGA